AACCUGCUCCCAACCAUCGUGGUGGAGAUGGACCCCGGCAGCUUCCUGACGUUCGACCUUGGCUACUACCAUACUGUGCUCAAGCACAGGGCCCAGUUCCGGUCCGACGCUGCGCUGGUCACCAAUGCCGUGGCACGGGCCGACAUCGCCGGCGUCAUGUCAAGCCCGUCAGAGGUGUUCUUCGAGGUGUUCUCGCGGUCCAUGGCGAGGCUCGGGGCCGUGCAGGUCAAGACCGGCUCUCAGGGGGAGAUGGAGAUCAGGAAGCACUGCGCCGUCGUCAACAGCUAGAUCGAACAUAGAUGGGCAUCGAGGGGUGACUUUCCCUGGAAACUGUUGGUGGAUGCUGUCAUUUUGCUCUUAUUCUUUGGUCAUCUGUAACCAGUGUUGUUCGGAUCAUAUUUUUGUUAUAGAACAACCGAGUCUUCAGGUUAAUUGUGAACAGAGAAGAUAUGACAUGUGUAUGCACUACUUAAAAGAUUGAAGUUGUAUUCAUAGGUACCAGCAAGCUCCGAAAAAUAUACACGCGACGACGACGAAACAUGACUGCAACUCACAAAAUUCGGAGAAUUACACCUACUACAAGUCUCUAGAAAACUGCCUCAUGAGAAGCUCAGAACAAA